AAGUCAGCGAUGGCUCGCCUCGGUGUGUUACUACUCAUUCCGUUCUUAUUUGAGUCGGCCACCUCGAUCUCUUUUUUCUUACCAGUUAAAACAAGAAAAUGCCUAAAAGAAGAAAUACAUAAAGACGUACUUGUUACGGGGGAAUAUGAGAUCAGUGAACAGCCGAACGUCAAAACUAAUUUGAAGAUCACUGACUCGUCUGGUCAUAUCCUAUACUCUAAAGAAGAGGCCGCUAAGGGCAAGUUUGCCUUCACCACCGAAGACUAUGACAUGUUUGAGGUGUGCUUUGAGAGCAAAUCACCAAUGGGUACUGGGAGAGUCCCUGAUCAGCUGAUUAACCUGGACAUGAAGCAUGGUGUGGAGGCCAAGAACUACGAGGAGAUUGCUAAGGUGGAGAAGCUGAAGCCCCUGGAGGUGGAGCUGCGGCGGUUGGAGGAUCUGUCUGAAUCCAUCGUUAAUGACUUUGCCUACAUGAAGAAGAGAGAGGAAGAGAUGAGAGAUACUAAUGAAUCCACAAACACACGUGUUUUGUACUUCAGCAUCUUCUCCAUGUGUUGUCUGAUCGGCUUGGCUACGUGGCAGGUCUUCUACCUGCGCCGCUUCUUUAAGGCAAAGAAACUGAUCGAGUAGAGGCAGUCCAGGCGUGGUAACCAUGACAACUCUCCAGCCCCUCCCACACCCUGCCUGCCCCGCCCUCCCCAUUUUCCAUCCCCACUCUGUUCCAGCAGUGCUGAGGGGAACUGACCGCAUUGGUCUGAGAGGACAUGCCGCAGCACUGCAUUCUGGGAUUUUUUUUCCGCUCAGCUUCACACCAGCUGAUGUUUUGUUUGCAAUAACCACCCUGUUCCCCUUGCCCCUCAUCCUCUCAUGCGCUUUUUCUCUGCAUUGUCAGCUGAGCAUACGGUAGCUGUGAAGAUGAGCUGUAGUGUGUGUGUGUAUAAUGUCCACCUCUGAAUAGUCCUCAUCCAGCUGCCUGCCAGAAGAAAGGAAGAAUCUGUCUUGCUCUCAAUGUUUUUGUUAAUGCUGUUGAUUUUUUUUUUUUUUUUUUUUUUACUUUUUUUAUGUUUUAAAAUGAUUUAUGAAUGGGCUGUACUGUUGUUGAUUAGUUUGCCUGCAUCUGAGAAAUGUUUUUAAAAAACUGUUUUGUGAAAUGACCACAGUAUCCAGUCCACAGAGGGCUGGUCUCUUUGCGAGUGUGUGCGUGUGUGUGUGUGUGUGUGUGUGUGCGAGCAUGCGCUGAGCUGAGCUGCCAGGCGACGUGAUUUCCUGACAACCCCUUGGGCGAGUGAACGCUGAAUGUGGCUCGGCAGCAGAGACACAGCAGAUGUGCCUGUUGAUUACUCAUGGUAACAGAUUUAAAAAAACAAACAAACAUGGUUUUUAAUUUAACAUAAUAAUUUUGACAUUUUAUUGAAGAAAUUGGGGAAGAAUUUACUUUUUCUGCAAUGUUUGUAGGGCUGGGAUUAGCUGUGCUGUCAUAACAUUCUCUCUAGAGAAAAUAUAGUUAAUGUUUGGGGGUGGGAAAGUUCACACAGAACAUCUUUCAUGUGUAAUAAUGGAGUUGUGGUUACAGUGGUGCAACUGUUAGGAAGGCACUAGAUCGAGUUUAUUUUAUGCUUUUUUCCCCCCCUUUUUGUUCUGCCAAAUAUUUGGAUGUUUUGGUUUAAUUCUUGGGUCCAUUUGAAAAUACAAAUAUUUUUUGUCAGCUUCUUUGGUGACAUUGGUGGUUCAAAUCUUGAAAGGUGAAAUUGGAUUUUAAUUAAACGAACUUUGUUACUUAAACU